CAUUAUUCCUAUAUAAAAAAUAUCAGAUUCUAAUCGCCAUUGCAAAAAUUGGACCUGUACCAGUGUAAAUGGCGGAGUUCUUCCUUGAUUUGCUCCUUCCCUGUGUUAGCCUUCUUAUCGGCAUCUUUUUCUUACUGCAGCUUCUAUUUCAUGGUCGAAAGAAGAGUAAAUCUGAGAACCCCACUCUCCUUCCUUUCUUUGGCAUACUUUUUCCACUGAUAAAAAACCGUCACAGGUUUCACGAUUGGAUUACAGAGUUACUCUCAGCUUCUCCUUCCAAUACAUUCAAAAACCAUCGGCUGGGAGGAACGAAAGGGUAUUUCACAGCCAAUCCUGCAAAUCUGGAGCAUGUGCUCAAAACAAAUUUCGAAAAUUACAGGAAAGGGGAACGCCUCAACUUUAUUCUUCACGACUUUUUGGGCAGAGGAAUCUUCAAUGCCAAUGGGGACCUGUGGAAAAUGCAGAGGAAGGUUGCAAGCUACGAAUUCAACACGAAAUCGCUCAGAAAUUUCGUCGUUGAGACGGUGCAAUCAGAAAUUCAGGAGCGCCUCAUACCUGUCCUUUCCAAGGCCUGUAAUGAAGGAAUCUCCAUAGAUUUGCAAGAUGUUUUGCAGAGAUUCACCUUCGAUAAUAUUUGCAGAGUAGCCUUCGGAGCAGAUCCUGCUUAUCUGGAUCCUUCUCUCCCCCAAUUACCCCUUGCUAGGAUUUUUGGGGAUGCAACAGAAUUAAGCUUUGCGAGAUUUCUUUACGGCAUGCCCUUUCUCUGGAGAAUCAAGCGUGCCCUUAACCUAGGUUCAGAAAGGCGGCUGCGCAGGGCGAUCCGUGAGGUGGAUGAUUUUGCUAUGAAUUUAAUUCGCGCUAGGAGGAAAGAGAUCGCCGAGAGUCAAUUAAAGGGAAGCGAUUCCCCAAGAAAUGAUCUCCUUUCCAGAUUUAUGGCAGCAGCUAAUGAAUUUGAAACAGAGACUGUUGAAGAUGAGGAGAAACACAAAUCUGAUGUUUUUCUCAGAGACAUGAUUGUGAAUUUUGUGCUGGCUGGAAGAGAUACGUCUUCGACUUCACUGACCUGGUUCUUCUGGGUGCUUUCAUCACAUCCGCGAGUGGAAUCGGCCAUCCGCCAUGAAAUUCUGCAAAUUUUAUCAAAAAGAAAAGUGGAAAUGGAAGCUGAACCAAAAGGAGGAUUGAAUAUCUCGUUUACAUACGAGGAAUUGAGGGAAAUGCAAUACCUCCAUGCUGCUGUGUGUGAAUCUCUGCGUUUGUACCCUCCUGUGCCUCUUGGUUCCAAAUCUGCAGUUCAAGAUGACAUUUUGCCCGACGGUAGUUUUGUGGGCAAAGGGUGGUCUAUUGACUACAGCAUUUACGCCAUGGGGAGGAUGGAGAGCAUCUGGGGAGCGGAUUGCCUGGAAUUUAAGCCUGAGAGAUGGUUCGUCAAUGGAGAAUUUGUAGCAGAAAAUCCUUACAAGUUCUCUGCUUUUCAUGCCGGACCUCGCAUAUGUCUGGGAAAGGAGAUGGCCUUCAUUCAAAUGAAGUCGACUGUGGCUUCCAUACUUCAUAGUUUUAGCUUGGGGGUCGAUCAGAGCUUUGUUCCCACUUAUGCAAUUGACUUUACUAUGCGUAUGAAAGGAGGAAUGCGGGUGACUGUGAGGAAAAGGUGAUUUCCACAACAAACACAGAUCUGAAAGUAGUUUUAUGUUUCUCUCUGGUUUUUUUUAUACUAUAGGAUGUUUUGAUGGAUAUAAAUAUAAUAUAGUUUUUAAUUCA